AUGGAGCCCCAAAGUCAACAUGGCAGCGGUGGCUCGCUAGUGGUGAUUCAGCAGCCCUCCUUGGACAGCCGGCAGCGGUUGGACUACGAAAGGGAGAGCCAGCCGACAACCAUCCUGUCGCUCGACCAGAUCAAGGCCAUCCGGGGCAGCAACGAAUACACCGAAGGCCCGUCCGUGGUGAGGAAACCCGGACCGCGGGCAGCGCCGAGGCAGGAGAAGCACGAAAGGACUCACGAAAUCGUACCGAUCAAUGUGAAUAACAACUACGAGCACAGAGUGGGCCACAGCGGGCAGGCGGCCCACCAGCACAGCGCGAGGGCUCCCGUCCUGAGCCGCUCGACCAGCACGGGCAGCGCGGCCAGCUCGGGCAGCGGCAGCAGCGCCUCCUCGGAGCAGGGUCUGCUGGGUCGCUCGCCACCGUGCCGGCCGGGCUCCGGCCACAAGCCCGACCGGACAAUCCGGACGCAGCCCAAGCAGUCGUCCCUGGUCGUCGACGACCUGAAGGGCCCUUUGAAAGAGGACCCGACGCAGCACAAGUUCAUCUGCGAGGAGUGCGGGAAGUGCAAGUGUGGGGAGUGCACGGCGCCCCGUGCCCUGCCCUCCUGCCUGGCAUGCAACCGGCAGUGCCUGUGCUCUGCCGAGAGCAUGGUGGAGUACGGCACCUGCAUGUGCUUGGUCAAAGGCAUCUUCUACCACUGCUCCAACGACGACGAGGGAGACUCCUACGCGGAUAAUCCCUGCUCGUGUUCCCAGUCGCACUGCUGUUCUAGGUACCUGUGCAUGGGCGCCAUGGCCGUGUUUCUGCCGUGCUUGCUCUGCUACCCUCCUGCGAAAGGAUGCCUCAAGCUCUGCCGGGGCUGCUACGACCGCGUCAACCGUCCGGGUUGCCGAUGCAAGAACUCCAACACAGUCUAUUGUAAACUGGAGAGCUGCCCCUCCCGGGGUCAGGGCAAGCCCUCAUGA